AUGGAAGCAGCUAAAAGAGCCUUGUUGCAGGUACCCGAAGCUAGUAAACUGCAAUUGGACUUCACUGAUAUAAGGCAAGGCCCUACCAAGCCUUAUAUGACAUUUCUGAAGAGGCUUAAACUCACUAUUGAUAAACAAGUGGCCGAGGAUCAGGUUCAGGAGAGGCUACUGAAACAGCUAUCAGUGGUCAAUGCUAACCCCAAAUGUAAGAAGGCCCUAAAGGCUUUGCUCUCUGACCCUGAGCCCACCAUACCCUGGAUGGUGGAGGCUUGUAAUAAGCUGUCUCCUCUGGAGCGUGUUGUUACUCUUCAAGUAAGGGAUAGCAUAGCUCAUGAAGUGCUGCCACAGAAACCUAAACCAUCUGAAAAGCAUGUCAAGAGACAUGAGAAUAUGGUGACCUGCACUUACAGACAUUAUUAUAACUCCUACACUAUGUCUCAAGUAUCUCCAUGUGUCUCCUGGAGACAUAUCUCCAGAACCAAGAUGGAUAUAAGAACCACUUACAAAGCUGCCCUUGCAACUUUGUUCAGGACUUCACAGAAUAGGUUUGGCCCAUCAAAAGAGAAAUUUUACCACUGAACAGUUGUCCAGAACAGCUGUUUCUACAGGGGACUGGUUGCCACUCAAAGCUGCUAACCUUUGAAUCUGGUCCAGAAAAGCUAGGCUCCCUUUGAGUACGUAACCAAUUACAGAGUGAAUUAUGGAUGGUGCCAUGCCACCUCCUCUGGUGAAACACUAUAUUAUAAAAUUCAAAAAUACAAGGACAAUCAUGUUUCAUUUGAUGGCCUCACUGCACACAAAUUAUCUUACCAGGGGUGGGCUGGUCAGCCAACCAAGCUUCCAAAACCGUACCAGGAAAAGCUAGGCCCUCCUCCUGUAUUCACCAGAAAACCUGAUGCAUAUCUUCCUCCUCUGGAGCAAAUGGACCUUCACAACACUACUUGGACAAAUUGGAAGCACCCAAAUGAAAAGGCAGCCAAGGUGUGUCAAGCUUUAGCCCAGUUUAAUAAAAUUAUUGAACCACUUAAUAGCACUCCUAUAGUAAAGAAAGACUGUAAGCCUUGGCUAUGAAAUAGACUAAAACCUAUCACUCAUGCUCCGACUUUCCCAACAAAACCAAUAGAUUUCUUCACUACAUUUUGGACCCAUCAUGGGCCUCAUUCACUCACUGUUAUGUAAACCUAUAAACCUGUCUGGUCAGGCCCAAAGCAUGCCACUCUCCUAGAUGCUAAAACAACCUACACUGCCUGUUAAAAGGGCAUUGUUAGAUGUCUGGCCCCUUACAAAGACCUACCCCAGUCACACCUUUCAGAAAACUGA